CUCUUUUUUUUUUUCUUUUUUUUUUUUAUUCUCUUUCUUUAUUCUCUUUUUUAUUUCAACAUAGUCAUCAAUGUCAGAUAUCAAUUUAUCAAAUAUCAAACAUAUUAUUCUCGUACUUUCUGGAAAAGGUGGUGUUGGUAAAUCCUCGGUGACUACACAACUAGCUCUUGGUUUAGUGGAUAAAGGAUUCAAAGUCGGUGUAUUGGACGUUGAUCUUACAGGACCAAGUAUACCUCGUAUGUUGGGUCUGGACGGUAAAAAAGUACAUCAAGCUUCACAAGGAUUUAAUCAAGCUACGCCACCUGAAGAUUAUGCAAGCAGCACACAGUUGAUCCAUGAACUAAUAGAUGCAGCGUCGAUGGGUGGAAACUUUUUAUUGAACAUUGGACCGACAUCUACAGGUGAUAUUUUUCAUACGAUGGUGGAAAGAUUGCAUGAUAUAGGUGCUUGGUUGGAUCAAAAUGGAAUCAGUGUAUUCGAUGCAGAUCCUUAUUGGAUGACCACUCAAGACAAGGAUGUUCGGUUUAUGAUGGGUCAUCAAGGUAGUUUAUUUUAUAUCAUUGUAUUGGAUCGAUCUGUCUUUAUCCAGAACAACAACAACAAGGAUAAUCAGCUGAUGCUCAGAACACCACUUCCUUUACAAUCAUCAAGUACAAUCACUUUAUUGAAUGGUCAAAACAACACGGCUUCUUUACCAUGGACGACUGUGCUUGAACAACAGAUCACUGUUUCCAUCAUCAACGAUAUUCCGAAUAUUCUAUUGGAUCAAAAUCAACAUGCCUGGGUGUUCAAGUGUAUUCUAUAGAUUCACUUCCAUUGAAUGAUAUACCUUUUUAUAUAUGUGUUCGUUUUUACUUUUUGGACUUUCUCCUAUCUCCUCCAUUUUUUUUUUUUUGUGCUAUUAUUUGCUUUAUUUAUUUAUUUAUUUAUUUAUUUAUUUAUUUAUUUAUUUAUUUAUU